GUGUUCAUUUAACAUUUAACAGCCAGCCUUGAAAUAAUGCCACUCCUCCUUUCUCCCCCUUCUUCUCCCUCUCUCUCUCCCUGUCUGUAUCUCCUUCCUGAAUUCUCUAUCUGAGAAGCUGCUUCCAUCUCCAGUUCUGUUAGUGAAGAUCACAGCUAUCUGCAGUCAUGGUGAACUUCACCAUAGACCAGAUCCGAGCGAUCAUGGACAAGAAGGCCAACAUUAGAAAUAUGUCUGUGAUUGCUCAUGUUGACCACGGCAAGUCCACACUCACCGACUCUUUGGUGAGCAAAGCUGGUAUUAUUGCAUCUGCCAGAGCAGGUGAGACACGUUUUACGGACACACGCAAGGAUGAGCAGGAACGCUGCAUCACUAUUAAGUCCACGGCUAUAUCCUUGUUCUAUGAUCUGUCAGAAAAUGACUUGGCCUUCAUCAAGCAAAGUAAAGAUGGGUCUGGUUUCCUCAUUAACCUGAUAGACUCCCCGGGACAUGUGGACUUCUCCUCCGAAGUGACCGCUGCUCUCCGAGUCACCGAUGGUGCACUUGUGGUGGUGGACUGUGUAUCCGGUGUUUGCGUUCAGACAGAGACUGUGUUACGGCAGGCGAUUGCCGAGAGGAUCAAACCUGUGCUCAUGAUGAACAAGAUGGACCGUGCUCUGCUCGAGUUGCAACUGGAACCUGAGCAGCUGUAUCUGACCUUCCAACGUAUCGUGGAGAAUGUCAACGUGAUCAUCUCUACGUACGGAGAGGGAGAAUCUGGACCUAUGGGGAAUAUUAUGGUUGACCCAGUAAUCGGUACUGUCGGGUUUGGAUCUGGUCUGCACGGUUGGGCUUUUACGCUGAAGCAAUUUGCAGAAAUGUAUGUUGCUAAAUUUUCUGAUGAAGGUGAAAAAGAGGUGGUGGAACCAACUGGGCAUGCAAAGAAAGUCGAGGAUAUGAUGAAGAAGCUAUGGGGAGACACGUAUUUUGAUCCAGCAGCUAGAAAGUUCAGUAAGUCCGCCACCUCCGCAGAUGGAAAGAAACUACCGAGAACAUUCUCUCAGCUUGUGCUGGACCCAAUCUACAAGAUAUUUGAUGCAAUUCUAAACUUUAAGAAGGAAGAAACAUUCAAAUUAAUAGAAAAAAUUCAUGUGAAACUUGACGCGGAGGAUAAAGAAAAAGAAGGGAAACCACUUCUUAAGGCUGUAAUGCGCCGGUGGUUGCCAGCAGGUGAGACCUUACUUCAAAUGAUCACAAUUCACCUGCCUUCUCCUGUGACAGCGCAGAAAUACCGCUGUGAACUGCUGUAUGAAGGGCCACUUGAUGAUGAAGUGGCUAUAGCUGUGAAGAAUUGUGAUCCUAAAGGGCCUCUAAUGAUCUACAUUUCAAAGAUGGUUCCCACCAAUGACAAAGGACGUUUCUAUGCUUUUGGUCGGGUGUUUUCUGGUGUUGUGUCAACAGGACAGAAAGUACGCAUCAUGGGUCCAAACUAUACACCUGGAAAGAAGGAAGAUCUGUACAUAAAGCCCAUUCAGAGAACCAUUCUUAUGAUGGGGCGUUCUGUUGAACCUAUUGAAGAUGUCCCUUGUGGCAACAUUGUGGGCCUUGUUGGCGUAGACCAGUUUUUGGUGAAGACAGGCACCAUCACCACCUUUGAGGAUGCCCACAAUAUGAGGGUGAUGAAGUUCAGUGUCAGCCCAGUGGUACGUGUGGCUGUGGAAGCAAUGAAUCCAUCUGACCUCCCAAAAUUGGUGGAAGGCUUGAGGCGCCUGGCCAAAUCAGAUCCAAUGGUUCAGUGUAUAAUUGAGGAAUCUGGGAAAUACAUUAUUGCAGGAGCUGGAGAAUUGCAUUUGGAAAUAUGCCUUAAAGAUCUUGAAGAAGACCAUGCGUGUAUUCCUAUUAAGAAAUCAGAUCCUGUAGUAUCUUAUCGUGAGACAGUAAGCGAGGAGUCCAACCAGCUGUGCUUGGCCAAAUCUCCAAACAAGCACAAUCGCUUGUACAUGAAAGCCAGGCCCUUCCAAAAUGGGCUAGCAGAAGACAUUGACAAAGGAGAUGUGAGCUCCAGUCAGGAGUUAAAGACACGUGCCCGAUACCUGGCAGAGAAGUAUGAAUGGGACGUUGUAGAGGCCCGUAAGAUCUGGUGCUUCGGACCUGAUGGAAAAGGACCCAAUAUAUUGCUUGAUAGCACCAAAGGCGUACAAUAUCUCAAUGAAAUUAAGGACAGUGUUAUGGCAGGAUUUCAGUGGGCCACCAAAGAGGGUGUUUUGUGCCAGGAGACAAUGAGAGGUGUUCGAUUUGACAUCCAUGACGUUACCAUGCAUGCUGAUGCCAUUCAUCGUGGAGGGGGAGAGAUAAUUCCCACGGCCAGGAGAGUCCUGUGUGCCUCAACUCUCACAGCCAAGCCCAGACUGAUGGAACCUAUCUAUCUGGUGGAAAUUCAGUGUCCAGAACAGGCAAUUGGCGGGAUCCAUGGUGUGUUGAGCAAGAGACGCGGUCAUGUUUUUGAACAAUUAAGAGUUGGUGACACCCCUAUGUUUGUUAGUAAAGCAUAUCUUCCUGUAAAUGAAUCUUUUGGAUUUACUGCGGACUUAAGGUCUAAGACUGGUGGCCAGGCAUUCCCACAGAGUGUGUUUGACCACUGGGAGAUUAUGCCUGAAGAUCCCCUUGAAGUCAAAUCUCGUUCCAACGUAAUAGUUUCAGAAAUUCGCAAACGCAAAGGUUUGAAGGAAGAUAUCCCUCUCCUGGAAAGAUACCUGGACAAAUUGUAGCCCAUCUUUUUAAUUCCAGGUGUUUUCAUAUAUAAGUAAUUAUUGUCCAAACGAAUCUCUAAUUUGGCAA